AUGGGAUUCAAAAAGACGACCUUCGGACUCAUGCCACCAUCGAAUCGUGGUGGUGGUCGCGGUGGUAGCACAUUUCGAGGAGGUCGAGGUGGUGGUAGUGGACGAGGCGGGAAGUCAUACAGAGACCCCAAAGCACAGGCAUUCGUACCUACCGGUGACGAAGGAACUCAUGUCGAGCAGCGUUUUGACGAUGCCGUGCUGCAGGAUGAGAUUGACGAGAAGCUAGGCUUUUUCAAGUUCCAGGAAGGGCCCGAGAAAUUGGGUUGGCUCAUUAAUCAGCACGCUACGAUCGUAAAAGACGAAGAUUGGCCAACAGGUCGAGCGGCAAUCGACUAUUACUUUAUCCAGGACGACGGCGAGAUGUUCAAAACAACCUUGAAGUACAGCCCAUAUUUUUACAUUGCUGUCAAGGUUGGGUAUGAGGGCGACGUUGAAGAGUACAUUCGCAGGAAGUUUGAGAAUUUGGUUGAGAAAAUGAACAGAGUACAGAAAGAGGAUUUGGAUAUGCCAAACCAUCUAAUGGGAAACACUCGGACAUUCAUCAAGCUGGCGUUCAGGAAUGUUCGGGAUUUGCUGAACGUGCGAAAAGUUGUCUUCCCAGCAGCCAAGCAGAACCUGGCAAAAAUGUCGGUCCUGGACACCUACGCCGAAACCAUCUCCGCUGCAUAUGACUUUGGCAUGGACCACGAGCCGAUCUCCUCAAAAGCAGGCGGAGGGGAUGGUUUGGACUACAUUGUCGAUAUUCGGGAGUACGAUAUUCCAUACACCAUCCGUGUGGCUAUUGACAAAGACAUUCGCAUUGGACUGUGGUACACUGUUCGAGUCACACCCACGGAUGUGGAGAUCAAGCGACAGUUCGACAGGGUGGCGCGUGCAGAUCCAGUAGUAUUUGCAUUCGAUAUCGAGACGACAAAGCUGCCGCUCAAGUUUCCCGACGCCGCAAUUGACUCUGUGAUGAUGAUUUCAUACAUGAUCGAUGGUCAGGGAUUCUUGAUUACAAAUCGAGAGGUGGUUUCUCAGGACAUUGACGACUUUGAAUAUACCCCCAAGCCGGAAUACGAAGGCUUGUUUACAAUCUUCAAUGAACCCAACGAGGAAGAGUGCCUUCGUCGAUUUUUCCACCACGUCCAAGAGGUCAAGCCCACAGUGUUUGUCACAUAUAACGGAGACUUUUUCGAUUGGCCAUUCAUGGAGGCUCGAUCAAAAGUCCACGGCAUCGACAUGUUCCUGGAAAUUGGAGUCAAGAAGGACGACGAGGACGAGUACAAAUCCAACACUGCUGUACAUAUGGACGCUUUCCGCUGGGUCAAGCGUGAUUCUUAUCUGCCCAUGGGAAGUCAAGGUCUGAAAUCGGUUACUAAAGAAAAGCUGGGCUAUAACCCCAUGGAACUUGACCCAGAAGACAUGACCCGGUUCGCCUCAGAGAGGCCCCAGACAUUAGCUCAGUAUUCCGUUUCCGAUGCUGUUGCUACCUACUACUUGUACAUGAAGUACGUGCAUCCUUUCAUUUUUUCCCUCUGCAACAUUAUCCCAAUGAACCCAGACGAGGUCUUGCGUAAAGGAUCCGGAACUCUGUGCGAGACCCUUCUCAUGGUCGAGGCAUAUCAGGGCAACAUUAUCAUGCCUAACAAGCAUGUGGAGUCAUUCAACAAAAUGUAUGAGGGACACUUGCUGGAGAGCGAAACCUAUGUCGGAGGACACGUCGAGGCGCUGAAGGCCGGUGUUUACAGAAGUGAUAUCCCCAACGACUUCAAACUCGACCCGAGCACGGCUCAACAGCUUAUCGACGAUUUGGACGCAGCGUUGAAGUUCAGUGUUGAAGUCGAGGGUAAUCUCAAGAUGGAAGACGUUGUCAACUAUCAAGAGGUGAAAGCUGCGAUUACGGCACCGCUGGAAGAUCUGCGGGACAAUCCUAAGCGACGCGAGAAUCCCAGCAUCUACCAUUUGGAUGUUGCCGCCAUGUACCCCAACAUCAUUCUUACCAAUCGACUUCAACCGGAUUCGAUUAUUGAUGAGUCGACUUGCGCUGCAUGCGAUUUCAACCGAGUCGGGAAGGAGUGCGAUCGGAGGAUGACCUGGUCGUGGCGUGGAGAAUACUUCCCAGCCAAGAGAAGCGAGUACAACAUGAUCAGGAACCAGUUAGAGUCCGAGCGAUUUCCUGGCAAGAAGCCCUGGGACGAGCCACGGACGUUUCACAGUUUGACGGAGGCUGAGCAGGCAUCGUUGAUCACGAAGCGUAUUGCCGAGUACUCGAGGAAGGUAUACCGUAAGACACACGAGACCAAGGUCAUGGAGCGAGAGGCAGUGGUCUGUCAGAGGGAGAACCCGUUCUACGUCGAUACCGUCAAGGCCUUCCGUGAUCGUCGAUACGAGUACAAGGGUCUGCACAAGAAGUGGAAGGGAGAAACGGACAAGGCGUUGAAGUCAGGAGAUCUUGUUGAGGUUGAUAACGCAAAGAAGAUGGUCGUUCUGUAUGACUCCCUUCAGCUCGCUCACAAGUGCAUUCUCAACUCGUUCUAUGGAUACGUCAUGAGAAAGGGUGCGCGUUGGUACUCGAUGGAGAUGGCCGGUAUUGUGUGUCUGACUGGAGCAAGGAUUAUUCAGCUGGCGCGUCAGUUGGUCGAGCGAAUGGGCCAACCUCUCGAGCUGGACACAGAUGGUAUCUGGUGCAUCUUUCCGCAAACGUUUCCCGAGAACUUCACUUUUGAGCUCAAGAGUGGCAAGAAAUUCCCAAUCUCAUAUCCCUGUACCAUGCUCAACCAUCUUGUUCACGCCAAGUUCACCAACAAUCAAUACCAGGUUCUCAAGAACCCCGACGACCACGAGUACGAGACGAUCGAGGAGAACAGUAUUUUUUUCGAGGUCGACGGUCCCUACCACGCCAUGAUCCUGCCCGCAUCCAAGGAGGAGGACAAGUUGCUGAAGAAGCGUUAUGCCGUGUUUAACAAAGACGGGUCGAUUGCUGAGCUGAAGGGUUUCGAGGUCAAGCGUCGUGGAGAGCUCAAGCUAAUCAAGAACUUCCAGUCGCAGCUGUUCAAGGUCUUCCUGGAGGGCUCCGAUCUUGUGGGAUGCUACGAUGCCGUGGCAAGGGUCGCCAACCAGUGGCUCGACGUUCUGUACAGUAAGGGGAUUGAUCUGGAGGAGGAUGAGCUUUUUGAUCUGAUUUCCGAGAACAGGAACAUGUCCAAGUCGUUGGAGGAGUACGGAGCUCAAAAGUCGACUGCCAUUAGUACCGCAAGGAGAUUAGGAGAGUUCUUAGGCGAUCAGAUGGUCAAGGACAAGGGACUAAACUGCAAGUUCAUUAUCGCCACCCAGCCUGCCGGCGCUCCGGUCACAGAACGAGCCAUUCCCGUCGCCAUUUUCUCUGCUGAGCCCGCGGUCAUGAAGUUUUACCUCCGGAAGUGGCUCAAGGACAGCAGUUUGCAGGACUUUGACAUCCGAUCGAUUUUGGACUGGCACUACUACUUGGAGCGAUUCGGAGGCGUUAUCCAGAAGCUGAUCACCAUUCCCGCAGCGAUGCAGGAAGUCACCAACCCCAUUCCUCGCGUUCGGCACCCCGACUGGUUGUUCAAGCGUGUGGCCGCCAUUGACGACAAGUUCAAGCAGCACCGUAUCACCGACGCCUUCAAGCCUACCGAGAAGCGUCCGUUUAAUGCGGAUGGCGUUAUGGAUCUGGAGGAUUUUGGCUCAUCCGGCGCUAAUCAAGGCUUCCCCUCGAGACCCAUCGUCCACAAGAUUACCAAGAAGGGCAAGAACAGCAGGAUUCAACAGCAGCACAAGUCGAUCGAGGAGCAGGUCUUGGAGCUUGAGUUGCCUGCCGAGAUGCCUGACAUGCUCACAGACUACCAUGGAUUCUUGGCAUAUCAGAAGAAGAAAUGGAAGCGUCAGAGAUUGGAGCGAGCCCAACGGAAGGCCCUGGGUCAGUCUCGCGCCAAGGGCCCCGUCGGUUCCCUAUCGGGCUUUAUUCAGCAACAGUCGACCAGCAUCUUGACCAACGUGUGGCAGAUUGUUCAAAUUGUCGAGUCGGAGAUCCCUGGCGAAUUCAGGCUUUGGAUCCUCAUCGACAAGGCUCUUCAUUCGGUCCGUUUGUCAGUACCACGCAUCUUCUACGUCAACAGCCGAGUCGAGGAUGCUAGCCACGAAACUCGACUCUUUCCCAAGCAAAAGUUGGUCAGGACCCUGCCCCGCGCCCAUCCCUGCCUUCAUCUGUACCAAUUCACAAUGCCCGAGAGUUUGUACCAGAAGGAGUCCAAGAACCUGUCCAGCUUCUUCAGUCAUCCAGACGUAGAAGGUGUGUACGAGACCCAGUUGCCGUUGUUCUACAGGGCAAUCAUCAACCUGAGCUGCGUGUGUUCUGUCACCAACCGAGCUAAGCGCGGCCUAGAUGAGGGCUUCGAGCUUGCCGAUCUCAAACCAGUGAGCAUGGACAAGAUGCCGUACAUGCAGGACGACCGGGCACUCAACUAUCUGUAUUUGUACCACGCCACGACAGACACUCGACACUUGUUUGCCCUCUUCUCCUCGGUCCACAAUCGAGUCUUUGUGUUUGUGGUGGAUGCACCUGGACAGAAGGGCCAGAUGCCUAACAUGAGCCGAACGUACGAAGCGGUCAAGGCCGAGAUCGACCGGAUGCCGGACACGACCCGACGACCCAACAAGGCUUUUGACUACUUUAGUCAGCUCCAGUUCGAGGUCGAGUAUGUCAACAACGAUAAGACCGCAAUCAAGGGUCUGAUCAAGUGUCUUAGCAAGCAUCAGGACGAGCGUCGCGGAGCCACGGCUGUGAUCUUGCAUUCCCCAUGGAGUCGCCAAAAGAUGUUGGAGAGCAUGAGUAUCCUCUCUGAUUUCCCACUCAUCUCAAUGCCCUGCUCCAAGAACAUCAAGCCGUUCCAGGCUUUAGCCUGGCAAACAAACGCGACCAAGCGAAUGUUGGCCCAGUUCCUGACUGUCGGAGGAUGGAUCACGGAACAAAUUGCUAUGGCAAGAUACGCGGAUGUUCCUCUCUGCAAUAUCGAACAGGACUCGCCCAUCUUUGUUACAGAUGUUAUGUUGGCUCGUCGCCUUCAGCGCCAUGACAUGUUGCUCUGGUGGUCUCCAUCGAGCAAGCCGGACUUGGGCGGUCGUGAGGAAGACGAGAACCUAUCAGGAUCGGAGGAGCUGUCAGAUCCCAUCAUCAGCACCCCUGGUCACUAUGAGACUGUUUGUCUGGAGAUGGAUAUGCUUGGCCUGGCCGUCAACACAUUGCUGCAGUCGAGUCAGAUCAACGAGUUGGAGGGCGGUGGCGAAGCAACUCUCGACGCAUCCCACACUUUGGACGACUACAACUCUGGAAAGGUCUCAAGUGUGAUCUCGUUUGGGACAGGAAUGGCUUCCGUGCAGGCGUUUGCGAUGAUCAAGGCGAUGGUGCGAGGAUGGGCGAUUGAGGUGGCCGAGACGCAGGGAUUCUUUGCCCAGAGUUUGACUGCCCACUUUCACCGGUGGCUGACCAGUCCCAACUCAAAGCUGUACGACCCCUCCAUGUAUGCGCUUAUCCACGGUCUGAUGAAGAAGGUCUUUUUGCAGCUCGUGGCCGAGUUCAAGCGCCUGGGAUCCCGUGUCACCUAUGGCAACUUCAACAAGCUGACAGUUGCAACGUCUAAGCCCUCAGUCGGAAACGCCUACGCCUACUGCAGCUGGGUCAUUCGACAUAUCCAGGCCAAGCCAUUGUUCAUGCAUAUCGACCUGAUGCCCGUCCACUACUGGGAGCAACUGCUAUGGAUGGACUCUGCCAACUAUGGUGGUAUCAUCUGCCCCAACCCGCACGAGGUUCAAGAACAGGACCAGCCCACUCUCCUGACCCAGGUCGACCGACCUAUCACGCUGGCCUGGAACAUUCAGCAGUAUCUGCCGAUGGCACUCCAGGACGAGUUCGGGAAGACAAUUGCGGAGUUUAUUGACCAGGUCUACAAGUUCACUCACCAGAAGCGUCUGGCCAAGGUCAGCAGCAGUUCUCAGAAUGGCGAGACGAACGGCCAGGAAGAGAACGGUGCAGGCGCAAGCGCGGGAGCCAGCAAGGCAGACAAGAAGAGUGUCGAAGCAGUGUCGUUCAAGAAGAAGCUGAUUUCACAGCAGAUUUCCAGACGGCUGCUUAAGGUCUUUCCCGAGAUCAUGGCCAAGAGACGCGACUCGCUCAAGGAUCCUCAAUUGGCGUUGUUGUAUGCCUUCCCACGCCAACCAGGAUCUCAUUUGCAGCUGUCGAACCCAGCGCUGGAGCUAAUCAAGUCUCUUGCGGCGGUCUUUAGUAUUGACCCGACUGUCGAACGAGAGGUCCGGGUGAUGCGCAAGAAUUUGUUGGAUCUGAUCGAGAUUCGCGAGUUCUCGCCCGAGUCGCUCUUCACGAAUCCAUGCGAGAGCUUUGUGCUUCGAGGCGUUAUCUGCUCGUACUGCAAUUACUGCCAGGACCUGGAUUUCUGCCGCGACCCACAUCUGCUGCCCAAGAUCAAGAAGGACACAGGUGAGGUUGUGCUGGGAGCUUGGAGGUGUCAGGAGUGCAAGGAGGAGUACGAUCGUGAGGCGAUUGAGGAGUCAAUGGUGUCGAUUGUUGAGCGGAUGGUGGACCAGUACCAGAUGCAGGAUCUGAAGUGUGUCAAGUGUCGACGAGUCAAGGCGGAUCAUCUGGGCGAGUGGUGUGAGUGCUCGGGUCGGUUUGUGACAGUGCUUGGGAGGAACGAUUAUCUGCGCAAGAUGAGGGUCUUUGAGAACAUUGCUGAGUUCUAUGGACUCUCAUUGCUCAAGGAGAUUGUCGCAUGGACUCUUUCCAACUAA